AUGAUUUCGUCCUUCCUCCGUCGGCCUCGACAAGCCAGACGCCGCGUCGGCGGGAUUGGAGACAGCCAUCUAGGCCCUCGGGACUCUCCAUCCCCAGGCCCCUAUCGCAAACGAGCCACUGCAGAUUUCACGGAAGCAGAUGAUGACGACGAAGACGAGGAUGACGACCACGAAGACCCCAACCGGAGAAAUGCACGGUUCCACGACAGAGAUGAUGGCGACGGCCAUGAUGAAGAAGAUGAGGGAGACGAAGGCGACGACGACGAUGGCGAAGGGGAUGAGGAUGGGCGGCGAGCUGCAUUGCCCGUCCUCCCACUCUUCUCUGCAACACACUUAGAUUCCCUACCAGUUUACAGCCUUACCCAUGCGAUUCGAAUUAUCGUCACGGCCCGAACCGAAACCACGCUGACUUGGGAGCAGCUGCGCUCCCCCCAGAUCUCCCAAUUCCUCGUUAAGCCAAUGCAGCGUCAAAUCCGAGCGCAACACUUUUCACGAGCGACUCUAUACGCGUUGAUGGCGAACUGUUUACAGUUCAACAAAGAAGGCCAACUCUAUGCUGCUAAUGCUGGGACGAGUAACACCAGGGCCAAAGUUUGCGAACUGCUGGCCCUGAAGAUGUUGAAAGAAUACAGCACGCGUGAGCUUAUUGAUGCGCUCGCCUAUGAUUUCUACCCUCUUCAAGGCGUCCCCGGUAUUGCAUCGCAGAAUAUUUUGCCCAGGCCCAGCGCAAAGAACGCUCUGACGGCUUCUCGCACAUCCACCCUCGAAGUUGCGAUCCGUGCUUCUGCGAAGCACUUUCUUGCUCAUCCAGUAGUGGUCCAGCAACUGGAAGCUAUUUGGAGUGGUGCCAUAACCUUCUAUUCUUCAGCUGACAGUCUCCAUCGCGAGGCGCCCCAAGGCUCAUUUCCUAGCAGUACCGAGAGCACCGCCAAACCUGAUUCUAGGACGCCUUUGCUCGGGUCUCCUCCCAAAAAUGAAACCCACCCUCAUGUUCCACCUGGUAGAAGAACUGUGAUGUUGUACGAUCCAAGACAAGCUUCCAUGCUCAAGCUCUCGCGGCUCAGGGUUCCGCGAUAUAGAUCUUUCCUUUCUACACUCUCCCUUGCCAUUCUUAUCGGACUUUUCCUUGCUGUACUGUCGGAAAGAUCGUCUAGAAUCACGGGCCUAGAACUCGUCUUUUGGUUCUGGAGUGCAGGAUUCAUGUUGGAUGAGUUGGUGGGUUUCAACGAGCAAGGAUUCGCUCUCUACAUCAUGAGUUUUUGGAAUCUUUUCGAUCUGGGCAUUCUCGUGUUGCUCAUAGUAUACUACUGUAUGCGUGCCUAUGGUGUUUUCAUGGUGGACCCUCACCAUUGGAAUGACAUGGCCUAUGACGUCCUUGCUGCAAAUGCAAUUUUGCUUUUGCCUCGAAUUUUCAGUGUCCUCGAUCACUACCAGUACUUCUCGCAGCUGCUCAUCGCUUUCCGGCUGAUGGCCGUGGACUUGGUGGCUGUCUUCACCUUGGUGCUCAUCCUCUGCAGUGGCUUCUAUGUCUUCUUCACCCUAUCAAACAAUAACGAUGAUGGUGGUGAAGUAGCAUACAAGAUCUUUCAGAUUCUAAUGGGUUUCACGCCAGCAGCCUGGGAUGUUUGGCCGACAUACAACUGGCUUGGACGCAUGCUUAUGGUCCUGUUUCUCAUUAUUUGUCAUUUCCUGGUCGUGACCAUCCUUAUCACUGUCUUGACCAAUUCAUUCAUGGCGAUUGCGUCUAAUGCCACUGAAGAACACCAGUUCUUGUUUGCUAUCAACACUAUAUCUAUGGUGAAGAAUGAUGCGCUCUUUUCAUACAUUGCUCCCAGCAAUAUAUUCGCUUGGUUGCUCAUGCCUUUGCGAUACUGCAUGCCGCUGAGACAGUUUGUCUGGCUCAACCGUACCAUCAUCAAGGUCACGCACUUCCCGGUUCUCUUCCUUAUUUACUUGUACGAAAGAUUUUGGUUAGCCCCGUCAAUGUUUGAACCAACGGAUUUGAUCGAGCAUCCGGGUCGCGCUCGGGAUAGGACGGUGUCGUUCAUCGACCCAGGUCUAAGAACUGCCAUAUUCAGCCCCAAUGUUAGAGUCAGGGAGGAGUCUGUUUCUGGCUUUCAGAAAGACCGAGCUCUGGAAGAGGUUUUCCGCCGGGUCCCGGCUUCGGCGACAGUACGAUCCCAGCGGAGGAGUGAGAGGCGCAAAACUCAAACCGCAAUUCGAAACUGGAUGGAUCAGCAUGUUGAAGAUGGCAGCCCCGCGACAAACUGGCCGACUCUGGACAGCCGGGCUUUUCCAGAGUGGCAGAGGCGGAUGAGUGUGGGAUGGGAACGGCCCUCGAACCUUCGGCAUGUGUCGGAUAUCCGGUCUAUCGCAAGCGAUCCUGCAGACCUCAUGUCCAACUUGGGCGGACCAAAUUUACCAAGGAGCAUAUCUAGAAGAAACCUAGUGCCUAUGGUGCCUGAGUACAAGGAUCAUACGGACGCGGAUGGAGACGACGAGCUGGUAACAAAUGACGAAGACGAGGACGACAAUGCGACCAACGACAUCUCCAGCCGAAGGGAUAGACACGAAGACGGGGGCGAGGAGGAUGACUACUUCAUGACACCUAUGACAUCACGCAUCGCCAAGCUCCCGUCUUCGCACAGCUCAUCAGGAGUAGUGCCACCGACGCCACGCCCCAUGAGCCAGCGCAGAGGCGGCCUACAUAGCCGUACGUUAUCAACUAACACGAUUUUGUACAACCCAGAAGAGCCAAAAUCUCAGAGCUCUUCGUCGGCAUCACAACAGGCUUUGAAGUCUCCCGCUGGUAGCCGACCCAGUGCGCGCAGUAUGGGCGGACAUCAAACUCCUGGAAGGCGUAGCUCACCGCGGAGAAGCUCUCCACGUCGUGCUUCUCCAAGGAGAGUACCAGCUCCUGCAAACCUCAAACGACCGACACUACCCCCUCGUGGCAUUACGGAAAUUGGAGGGGUUAGUCGCUCAGCGUUGAUGAGCAUAGAACCACAGCACCGGCCCAGAGUUUCUAGGAGGCUUUCCUCUGUCGAUUUAGAUGCUCUUUCUGAUAACAUGAGUUUGCAUUUUGCGACCGAGGAUCACCAUGUAGGCAUGCCUGGCAGUUUCCAGACGCAGAUGGCAAUGGCCAUGAUGAAAGAUAAACGGAUGCGUGCGGCUGCAGGGGGAGACUCAACUGAUAGAGAUAGGAUGGGGAGGUUGGUUCUUGCGCGAAUGAAGACGCUUGAGGAGAGCUUCGCGGAAAUGAUCAAGGAGAUGCGAGACAUGAAGCAAUCGUCGGGGAUUGUGACACGGCUCAAUUCGUCUACCGAGGGGGCGGUGAGCGACGGCCCUGCCGACGAAAGCAGAUCCGGACCGUCGAAGAGGAGGAGGGGCGAUGCUACCCCAAAGAAGAGCUCGGGGGCCUCCAGGCCCAUCAGCCGGAGGAGCAUGAAGGAGCCUAAGGUUGGGCUGCAACCUUUGAGUACCCGCAACAAGGGCAAAGGCAAAGCGCCCGCCUAUUCUUCAGAGAGUGAGGCGGAGGAGUAUGGGGGUUUCACCCGGCGAGGUAGCUCAUUUUAG